AUGACACCCGUGAAUGCCCCGGUCCUACGAACUGAGCCAGGAGCUAAAGACCUAGUUGCUAACCAUCCUAAUGAGUUCCUUGCUCCCGUGCUUGCUCUUACUGAGGCCCCAAGGGUUGUUGACUUUCUGAGCCUCAUACGUUGCUAUCAGGUUCUGGUACUGUCUCGGGUAUCAGGGAAAGGUCCAGAUCACACAGGCCCCCAAGGGCUUGAGCUAAAAGACUUCCCACCAAUACCUCUGACCGGUAAAGGCAGUAGUAGUUUACUCCUCUCAGUCCACUCAUUUCAACCUGAAACCUUGAAACCUGAAGAGAAGGAGAAGAAUAAUACUAAUCUCUCGCUUACCAAUCCAAUCCUUUAA